GCGUUCGGCAACGCCAAGACGAUCCGCAACGACAACUCGUCGCGCUUCGGGAAGUACAUCGACAUCCACUUCAGCCAGGCGGGCGUCAUCGAGGGCGCGCGAAUCGAGCAGUACCUGCUGGAGAAGUCGCGCAUCGUGUCGCAGAGCCAGGACGAGCGCAACUACCACAUCUUCUACUGCAUGCUGGCCGGCCUGGGCCGCGAGGAGAAGGCGCGCCUCGAGCUGGGCGACGCCUCGCAGUACCGCUAUCUCACCGGG